AUGUACGGUGGCACGCAAACCGGCGCCACUACACCUAGAAGUCAAGCUGUUUCUCGACCACUCACCCUAUCUCAUGGCUCACUCGAUUUCACCUUCCUGAUACCCACCGCCCUACACUUCCAAGCAAACCAGCUUCGAGAACACUUUGUCGCAACUCUUCCCGAAGCGACUGAGGAGCUAGCACAAGAUGACGAGCCCUCAUCCGUCCCUGAGCUGGUAGCUCGCUACCUAGGCUUCAUCGCGAGGGAGGUAGAAGAUGAGGACGAAGCAGGCGUAUACGACGAUGUACUGAAGCUUGUCACACAAGAAUUCGAGAGAGCUUUCCUGCGAGGAAAUGAGGUGCAUGCUAUUGCGGCGCACUUGCCAGGCAUACCGGAGAAGAAGCUGCUCACUGUAAAAUCAUACUAUGCUGCUCGAGCUGCAGUGCAGCGACCAAUUAGAGCUCACGAGUCUGCUCUGUUCCGUGAGGUCUCGGACGACAAUGCCUGCGUCUACGCCAUCUUUGGUGGUCAAGGCAAUAUCGAAGAGUACUUUGAUGAGCUUCGCGAGGUUUGGUCGACGUACCCUUCUUUGGUGGAAGACUUCAUCUCGACAGCAGCUGCACUCCUGCAGGGCCUGGCUCGCGAUACACAAGCCGAGAAGAUGUAUGCGAAGGGUCUGGACGUUAUGCGAUGGCUGAACUUCCCUGAGGCACAACCAGACACCGACUACCUCGUCUCUGCACCCGUCAGCUUCCCUCUCAUUGGUCUUACACAACUUGCACACUACGUCGUCACUUGCAGAGUACUCGGCACACAUCCCGGCCAUGUUCGAGAACGAUUUGCUGGAACAACUGGUCAUUCACAAGGUGUGGUGGUAGCAACUGCGAUAGCUGCAUCAGGCAACUGGGAGUCUUUUGACAAGGCAGCAAGGAAUGCUCUUACGAUCUUGUUCUGGAUGGGAGCUCGUAGCCAGCAAGCAUACCCAAGGACAUCACUUGCACCAAAUGUGCUCCAGGACUCAAUCGACAGCGGCGAAGGCACACCCACGCCUAUGCUGUCUAUUCGUGACCUGCCGAGAGAAUCCGUGGAGAAGUACAUUGGUAAGACCAACGAACAUCUACCAAAGGAACGCCACAUCGGCAUAUCGCUCGUCAACAGCGCCAGAAAUUUCGUGGUUACUGGCCCGCCUAUGUCGUUGUACGGCCUGAAUCUGCAAUUACGAAAAGUCAAAGCUCCUACUGGCCUCGAUCAGACACGUGUACCAUACACGGAGCGCAAAGUGCGCUUCGUCAACCGCUUCUUGCCAAUCACCGCUCCUUUCCACAGCCCGUAUCUUGCAGACGCCAUCUCGAAGCUGGAAGGAGAUCUCAAGGACAUCAACAUUGGGUCGCAAGAGCUCGGUAUCCCUGUAUACGACACUGCAUCAGGUGAGGAUAUCAGGAAAACACAAACUGGCAACAUCGUACCCGAACUUGUUCGCAUGAUUUGCAAGGACCCGGUCAACUGGGAGAAGGCGACUGUGAUGCCGCAUGCCACGCACAUCCUUGAUUUCGGUCCUGGUGGUAUCUCUGGUCUGGGCGUGCUCACGAACCGCAACAAAGACGGUACUGGUGUCCGGAUCAUUCUUGCUGGCACCAUGGACGGCUCGAACGUGGAGGUCGGAUAUAAGCCUGAGAUCUUCGAUCGUGAUGGUGAGCAUGCUGUGAAGUAUGCUGUGGAUUGGGUGAAAGAGCAUGGACCUAAGCUUGUCAAGGAUUCUGUUGGCCAGACAUACGUGGAUACCAAGAUGAGCAGGCUGCUAGGCUUGCCUCCGGUCAUGGUUGCUGGUAUGACGCCAUGCACUGUGCCAUGGGACUUCGUGGCCGCGACAAUGAAUGCAGGCUAUGAGAUCGAGCUGGCUGGUGGCGGGUACUACAACGAUAAGAGCAUGAGCGAGGCCAUCAGCAAGAUCGAGAAGGCCAUUCCUGCUGGUCGUGGUAUCACACUCAAUCUGAUCUAUGUGGCCCCUCGUGCCAUGGCAUGGCAGAUUCCACUUAUUGGAAAACUACGAGCUGAAGGUGUGCCGAUUGAGGGUCUGACCAUCGGUGCAGGUGUACCUUCAAUUGAGGUGGCGAACGAGUACAUCCAAACUCUGGGUAUCAAGCACAUCGGCUUCAAGCCUGGAUCCACCGAGGCCAUCCAAGCAGUCAUCAACAUCGCCAAGGCAAACCCUGACUUCCCAGUCAUGAUGCAGUGGACUGGUGGCCGCGGUGGUGGACAUCACUCAUACGAAGAUUUCCAUCAGCCGCUCCUGUCGAUGUACAGUCGUCUAAGGCGCUGCUCCAAUCUUGUCCUGAUUGCUGGUUCCGGCUUUGGUGGCGCAGACGACACAUAUCCAUACCUCAAUGGCGAGUGGGCGAAGAAGUACGGCUAUCCUCCCAUGCCAUUCGACGGAGUGCUUUUCGGUAGUCGCUGCAUGGUCGCUAAGGAAGCGUAUACCUCGAAGGCCGCCAAGCAAGCUAUCGUGGAUGCUCCCGGUCUCGAGGACCACGAAUGGGAGAAGACGUACAAAGGACCAGCUGGCGGCAUCAUCACUGUUCGCUCCGAGAUGGGCGAGCCUAUCCACAAGAUUGCCAACAGGGGUAUCAAGUUCUGGGCGGAAAUGGACCAGAAGAUCUUCAGCUUGGACAAAGCGAAGAGGAUACCGGAGCUGAAGAAGCAUCGUGAGUACAUCAUUCAGAAGCUCAAUGAUGACUUUCAGAAGCCUUGGUUUGGUCGCAAUAAGGCUGGCGAGUCUGUCGAUCUCGAGGACAUGACGUAUGCUGAGGUCCUGCGACGCAUGGUCGAGCUCAUGUAUGUCAAGCAUGAGAAGCGAUGGAUCGAUCCUACACUUUUGCGGUUGACUGGCGACUUCAUCCGACGUAUUGAGGAACGCUUCACGACAGGAGACGGCAAGGCCUCGCUUAUCCAAAAUUAUAGCGAGCUUGAUGAGCCGUACGCCACAGUCGACAAGGUCAUCCAGGCAUACCCAGAGUCUGACACGCAACUCAUCAACGCGCAAGAUUGCCAGCAUUUCCUGUUGCUCUGCCAGCGUCGCGGCCAGAAGCCUACUCCGUUCGUGCCUUGCUUGGACGACACGUUCGAGUUCUUCUUCAAGAAGGAUUCGCUGUGGCAGUCUGAGGAUCUUGAGGCAGUCGUUGAUCAGGAUGUUGGUCGUGUGGCUAUUCUCCAGGGACCUAUGGCGGCGAAGUACUCCACCAAAGUGGAUGAGCCUAUCAAGGAGAUUCUUGAUGGCGUGCACAACGGUCACAUUCAGUAUCUCACCAAGGAUCUUUACAAUGGCGAUGCUAGCAAAGUACCUGUCGUCGAGUACUUUGGUGGAAAGCUGCUUCUUGAGACGGACAUUGAAGGGCCUGCUAUGGAAGGUGUCACUGGUUCGGAUCUUGGGAGCAAAAUGCUGUAUCGUAUUGGUGCUGCACCGCAGACGCCUAUGCCACCAUUGGAGAGCUGGAUGCAAUUGCUUGGAGGUAAGGGCCAGACCUGGCGCCAAGCUUUCUUCACGGCCGAUGUGUUCGUCCAAGGCCAACGAUAUGACACAAAUCCUAUGCAGCGUGUCUUCGCUCCUUCGCCGGGUAUGAUGGUCGAGAUCCACCAUCCUGAUGAGCCGAAGAAGACUACGAUCGUGGUGAAGGAGACUCUGCACGGCAAGUAUGUCCACACGAUCGAGGUUGGUCCGAUUUCUGGCAGCGAGAUCCCCGUACAUCUGAUUGAACAUCGCACGACGCUUGGAAAGCCGGCCGCGCUCACGCUCAAGUUCGUCUAUCAUCCCGAGACUGGUUACGCUCCGAUCCGCGAAGUCAUGGAUGCGCGCAAUGACCGGAUCAAGGAGUUCUACUUCCGUCUUUGGUUUGGCGACGAAGCAGUGCCGUUCGAUCAACCUGUUACUAGCAUGUUCCCGGGCGGCAAAGCUACAGUCACGAGCGAGGCCAUUAAUGACUUCGUGCAUGCUGUUGGCAAUACUGGCGAGGCUUUCGUGGAUAGACCCGGCAAGGAGGUCUUUGCGCCUAUGGAUUUUGCCAUUGUUGUUGGCUGGAAGGCUAUCACGAAGCCCAUCUUCCCUCGCAGUAUCGAUGGAGAUCUGCUGAAACUGGUGCACUUGUCGAACGGCUUCCGUAUGAUGCCUGGUGCUGCACCGCUGAAGAGGGGCGACGUGCUCGACACCAACGCCGAGGUCAACGCGGUCAUCAACCAGGAUUCCGGCAAGAUGGUCGAGGUCUGCGGUACCAUCACCCGCGACGGCGAGAAGGUCAUGGAGGUGACUAGCCAGUUCUUGUAUCGUGGCGCUUACACCGACUUUGAGAACACCUUCCAGCGCAAGAUCGAGACACCCAUCCAAGUCCACCUCGCAACGACGAAGGAUGUCGCUAUCUUGCAGUCGAAGGAGUGGUUCCGCAUGGACGAUUCCGAUGUCGAGCUCUUGGGUCAGACGCUCGUGUUUAAGGUGCAGACUCUGACCAGGUUCAAGAACAAGAACGUCUUUUCUUCCGUGCAGACCUACGGCAGAGUCGAAGUCGAGCUUCCAUCAAAGGCAAUUGUGCAGGUGGCUGCUGUUGAGUAUGAUGCCGGUGCUUCGUACGGCAACCCUGUUCUGGACUACCUUCAGCGUAAUGGCGAAGCUCUCGAUCAGCCCGUCAACUUUGAGAACCCGAUCCCGCUUAAUGGCAAGACGCCACUUGUGCUCAAGGCGCCUUCGUCCAAUGAGACGUAUGCUAAGGUUUCGGGCGACUAUAACCCUAUUCACGUUUCGCGCGUGUUCUCCAAGUAUGCCAACUUGCCAGGCACGAUCACACAUGGCAUGUACUCCAGCGCCGCUGUGCGCAGUCUAGUCGAGACUUGGGCUGCCGACAACAAUGUCGGUCGUGUGCGAAGCUUUCACGCUUCUCUGGUGGGCAUGGUGCUGCCCGAUGACACUCUGGAAGUAAGACUUUCGCAUAUUGGCAUGGUUGCUGGUCGCAAGAUCAUCAAGAUCGAGACUAGCAAGGCCGACAGCGACGACAAGGUUUUGCUCGGCGAGGCGGAGGUCGAGCAGCCUGUCUCUUCCUACAUCUUCACUGGUCAGGGUUCGCAAGAGCAGGGUAUGGGUAUGGAUUUGUAUAACAGCAGCACUGUGGCUAAAGAGGUCUGGGAUCGUGCCGAUACGCACUUCAUGGACAACUACGGCUUCGCUAUCACCAACAUUGUUAAGAACAACCCCAAGGAGUUCACAGUCCACUUCGGUGGCGCUCGUGGCAAAGCUAUCCGACAAAACUACAUCUCCAUGACCUUCGAGACUGUGGCUAGUGAUGGCACCAUUAAAUCGGAGAAGAUCUUCAAGGAGAUCGACGAGCAUACCACGUCUUACACCUACCGAUCACCCACCGGCUUGCUCUCGGCUACGCAGUUCACGCAGCCAGCAUUGACGCUCAUGGAGAAGGCUUCAUUCGAGGACAUGCGCGCGAAGGGUCUUGUGCAGCGCGACAGCAGUUUCGCUGGCCACUCUCUCGGCGAGUACAGUGCUUUGGCAGCUCUUGCUGAGGUCAUGCCAAUCGAGAGCUUGGUGUCCGUCGUCUUCUACCGUGGCUUGACCAUGCAAGUCGCUGUCGAGCGUGACGAGGCUGGUCGUUCCAACUACUCCAUGGCUGCUGUUAAUCCCUCCCGUAUCAGCAAGACUUUCAACGAGCAAGCUCUGCAAUACGUCGUCGAGAACAUCUCCGAGACGACUGGCUGGCUCUUGGAGAUUGUCAACCUGAACGUCGCCAAUCAGCAGUACGUCUGUGCUGGCGACCUCCGUGCCCUCGACACCAUGACCAAUGUGCUCAACUAUCUCAAAGCACAAAAGAUCGAUAUCCAGCAGCUCAUGCAAACCCUCAGCAUGGAAGACGUGAAGCAGCAUCUAACCGAAAUCAUCAAAGAAUGCGCGAAACAGACCGAAGCAAAACCCAAGCCCAUCGACCUCCAGCGCGGCUUCGCCACCAUCCCACUGAAGGGCAUUGAUGUCCCCUUCCACAGCACCUUCUUGCGCAGCGGUGUCAAGCCCUUCCGAUCCUUCCUGCUCAAGAAGAUCAACAAGACGAGUAUCGAUCCCAGCAAGCUAGUAGGGAAGUACAUCCCCAACGUCACGGCGCGGCCUUUCGAGUUGACCAAGGAGUAUUUUGAGGAUGUGUACCGGUUGACGAACUCGCCACGGAUUGGGAAUAUUUUGGCGAAUUGGGAGAAGUAUGCGAGUGAUGAUGCGGAUGUGGCGAGGCCAAGGGUGGGCAGUUUUGUGCCGCCGCCUACGUCAUAG